UCAGCGACAAUAUGGUAAAAGUGUUGAAUUUGAUAGUGGGAAAAUUGGACAAAUAUCGGUAUAGGGUGUAAUGGCUUGAUGAAGCAUGCUUAUAAUAUUAAUAAAUGGUACAUAUAAUUUAGACACCAAAGGAAAUGACCCAUAUAAUUUAAAAUCAAUCUAAUACUAUUGGUUAAUUAAUCCAUUAUUACAUUUAUGUUAAUAUGCAGCAAAUAUUUUCACCAGGAACAGUUUAUCUUAAUAUGCUGCAAAUAUUUUCACCAGGAUGCAACAAUGACACUUGAUUUGAAUAGUUGUCUGAGAGUAAGAAGUAGGACAAAUUGUGAUUGAUGACUUUUUCUAGAGGCACUGAUAAAUUUGCAGUGAAGUGUAAACUAGGAUGUUGUCAAACCUUGAAUUGUUCUCGGAACAUUAAGCUUAUGAAGACUUAAGGAUUUAGUAUCAUGUUAUGCUAUAGGAUACUAGUUUGAAUUUGUAAUAACUCUGACAUGAGUCAGUUUUGUUCUGCAUCAAGUCGAAGGAGGAGAGCUGCCUUUGAGUUUGUUGUGUAAGACCUCGAAGGGUUCCAGUUUACAAAAUGUGGACGAAGAUGAGAUUUUGCAGAAAUCAAUGGCCUCUAAAUGCAAUGGUUCAUUCACCGAAUAAUGGUAACGGUGUUACCGAUAGACAGAAAGUGAAGUCAUCUGGCAGUAUUUGGAAAAAAAGGCAACCGGAAAUAUCUCCUGCUAAGACAGCAGAAAAUGGCAACAAGGACUUGGAAGAAGAGAGUGAUGAUGUUGGCUUGAAGAAGCUGUUACAAGAAAAGAAAAGAAAGAUGGAAUUUGUGUUUGGAGGAGACUCUAAGGCAGCAGAGUUGGAAUUUGAAAGACUUAGCAAAUUGAAGACUAAACUAGAUAGCAUGAAGGUUAAAUUAAUUGAAGUUCAAAACCACAGAGCAAAGGGUGCAAAGGAACCAUGUGUUAUAUAUGUACCCAUAGCUAAGUUAAGGGAAAAAGGUUGAAUAAUUAAGAGACUUUUUAGUACCAUUUUAUUUUAUUUUAUUUUAUUUUAACAGAAGGUUAUAUAAUAUAUAGUGUUUUUUCUUGUAUAAUGAAAGUGAAGCAAACCUAACAGGUGAGCCACUAGGAGUAGUUUAGAUUCAAGCUUCAUUGUCAUAAUGUACCCCAAAGAAAACGAAGUGAGGCAAAGCUGUUGAAGUUGGAUUUGCUUAUACAUA